AUGACAACCUGGGAAGAUCUGGACAACAAUAGUAACAACAGUUUAGACAAUAAGAAGGCUAACAUAUGCCUCAUGGAAGAUGUUGAGUCAGACGUUAUUGACAUAGAGGCACAAGAUUCAAGUUCAAGCUUUCCAAACGCAACACUGGCAAAGAAGUUCUUCAAGAUUCUUUUCUACCUUCACCUGCUCCUAAUUGCAGUGUUGGUCAUUUACCUCACCAUCUAUGGCCUUGUCUAUGCCUUUCACACCUACCAUUUGUACCCAAAGCAGUGGUACUGGUACCCUCCACUCCUAAUAGCAACAUUAUGUGGUGGAAUUGUUGGUCUCACAUGGCAGUGGAUCACAGCUAGGAGUCCCACAAUGGCUAUUAGAGCAGCAUUUUGUCUGAGUCCCCUUCUUACAUCUGCAGUGGGGUUUCUAUUUGUGUACAUUGGAUCUUCACCAAGUCUUGCUGUUGGUAUAGUUGCUUUGGUUUCCGCAUUAAUUCAAUCCCUCUAUGGUUUUUGGGUCAUUCCUAGAUUUGAUUAUGCCAACAGAAUCUUGUCAGUUUCAAUAGCUGAUCCUCCUACCAAAAGCAUGAGGUUGGCAUUUUAUUCAACCCUCAUUGGUAUUCUUUAUUGCUGUUUUCUGGUAUGUGGAAUUGGAGGAGCUAGAGCAAUUGAAGACAGAGCCAUAGUAACUGCCUUGUUCAUCUUGGUGAUUCUGAUGAGCCUGAGUUGGACUAUGCAGUUUCUGAAGAAUGUGAUGCAAGUCACCAUUUCAAGGGUGAAGUAUAUGCACUUAUCUGGUGGAGUAAUCAUGGACACCAGUGUGGCAUUGCAUGACACAGUCGAGUACCAAACUGGAAGUGUUUCCUUUGGCUCCAUGCUUGUCCCCUUAAUCACACUCCUUAGAGGUUCUGCAAGGUUGACAAGUCUGGUUGGAGGAGAUACCGAUGAAUUGAUGUUUGCCUAUGCUAGUUGCUACAUGGAGCUUGCAUCUCUUCUUGUGGCUUGUGGGAACCGAUGGGGUUUUGUGCAUGUUGGAGUUUAUAACAAGGAGUUUGUGAAGGCAUCCUCUGACACUUGGGACAUUUUCAAUAGGGUUGGUUUGAAACAACUCAUAGACUUGGAUCUCACUGGCUCAUUUUGUUUCCUUAGUGGAGUGGCAGGGGGAGCAAUGUGUGGCCUAGUGAGUGGAAUUUGGAGCAUAGUAAUACAGAAGAGCUAUGCAACAGAAAUAUCCAUUUAUGCUUUCUUAAUUGGUUACUUCAUCUUUCGGUUAGCAAUGUCAUGGCCACAAGCUUGUGUUUCAGCUUACUAUGUUGCCUAUGCAGAGCAUCCACAGAGCACUCAAUUUGACUCCACCAUCCCUGUACGCUUGGAGGAGCUUCGAAGAUCUCAAGCUUAG